AUGGUUCAAGUUCAGAAAACAGCUGUUUUUUCUUUGUUAUGCGCUUUACCACAAGUCAUUGAUGCUGCUAAAUCAAACCCAAAAAAUGACAAUUUGGCUUACAAACAACUUGCUGGGCAGAAUGGUACUGUAACUUCUGAGGAAUCAUUCACAUCUACAGUUCCAAUUAGUCCAUCAGUACCUGUCACCUCACCUUCAAGUCAAACAGAAACUCAAGUUUCUACUGGAGAAACUUUAACCACUCCAAUUUCUUUGACAACGCUUUCUAGUUCUUCCAUUCAAACCUCAAUAUUUACUUCUGGUGAACCACAAUCGAUUCCGUCGAAUAGUGUGUCAACAGCAUCUACUCAAGAAUCUGUUUCAGGUACUAGCCAAAAUUCAGUGUCUACUACUCUAAGUGGUGUAUCUUCCGAAUCUAGUAAAUCUCUUGAAACAACAAAUAUUGAAUCAACUGAUUCUUCUGAAACUACUCAAAUGAGUGAGACUGGUAGUGCCAAAACUACGUCAACUGGUACUGAAAAGACAACCAAAACUACAAAUGAAAAGACUACAACUGUUCAGUUUGCUUCUGCUGCUGUUGCUAAAACCUCUGUUGCUGGUAUGUUGAACGAUGUGGCUAAUAUUACCAUGGAAAGUUCCGAUAAUUCAACUGCUAGUGCUGCAUGGACUUUUAUUUCUCCAAAUACACAGCAAAGAGUGAAUUUAACAUCUUUAGGUGGUAAUGUAAGUUGGACUGGGUUCGGUCCUUGGGUAUAUAUUUGGUCCACUAAUGGUACAAAUGUUACUGCUAUCAACAUGAGCGACCCAUCAACCUUACCAUCCAAUGGUACUUGGGUUAUCGCUACUCCACAUUCCAAUUCUACCAUUGAAAGUGUUCCAAAUGGUACUAUUUGGACUGGUAGUUGUGGUUCUUCUUCUGGUUGUAAAUGGAAUACAUCCAAAGUUGGUACUAAAGCAUGGAACACUACUUGGUGGGUUAAUUCUUCAACUACUAAUGAAUAUUACUGGUGGAAUUGGUUUUUAUGGAGUAUCUCUCAACAAUCUAAUUCUGAAUCAUCUACAACUGAAAUUUUUCAAGGUGGUGAAAGAGAAUCGAAUGAAGAUAAUGUUGCAGGCAGCCAUGUCCAAGGUUCUGGUUUGUUCGGUUUAGGUGGUCACGGUGUUUGGAACUCAUCAUCAUGGGCAAGUGGUGGCAAUUGGGGGAACGUUUCUGUUAUCCUAAAUCAAACAACUACAUGUCGUAACGGUACAUUACCAGGUCCAAAUGGCACUGUUAUAUCUUGUCCAUGGGUUCAUACAAGUGUGGAAGAAACCAGUACUGUUGAGACAACUCCUGCUCAAACUAAUACCCUUGAAACUAAUGUUACAACACUACCAUGGUUCUUAAAUGGUACCCUGUUGAGUGAAUUAAAUGAAACCUUGUUUGUUAGAGAUUUGGAAUAUGUCGAUGCUUCUAAUUCUUUGAAAAUACCAACCUGGACUGCAGUAGUAGGCCUAUUGGUAUCAUGUUUAAUUUAA